AUGAAGCGGAAAGACAAGAACAUUCUCAAGAAAACAAUGACUUCAUUAAUGUUUGGCACCAUGGGACAACAGAAACAGGCGAGAGAAGAUUGUGAUGCAGCUGGCGGAGACAAAAAGGAGGACGAUGCCACCAAUGAAGAUGGUGAUGUAGAGGAUGGUGAAGAUGAUGACAAUGAUGAUGAUGUAGACAGCGACAAGGAUGAUGAUGAAGAUGACAGUGAUGACGAUGAUGAAGAUGCCAACAAGGAUGAUGAUGAAAAUGACAACAACAAUACUGCUGCUGGUGAUCCUGGAGUCCAAACAAGUGUCAUAAAAUCCCACAUACAAGUUGGCAAUCUUACUGUAUGCAACUUUGAGCAAAUGGAGGAUGUAUUCUCCUAA